AGCUUCGCACCGGAAGCGGAAACACACCGUUGUUGUUGUCUUCUUGUCUCGCCUCACUCCGGCCGGCAGGUUUCGGGACUUUUUAAGGUAAAAUGGAGCACAAGCUGAUCCUGGCGGUGUCCGGCUUCCCGAGUCUCUACGACACCAACUCUCCGACCUACAGGGACCUGAACAUGAGAGCCGAGUCCUGGAGACAAGUCUCGGAGAUAGUCGGGGUUCCCGAGUCGGAGUGCAGAAGGAAGUGGAAGACGCUGAGGGACCAGCACCGGAGGGAACGCCAGCGGGAGAAAGAGAGGCGCGAGAGCGGCAUCGGGCUCUUUAACUACCGGCCGUGGAGAUACUCGGCCAUCCUGUCCUUUUUAAACCCGUUUAUCGACGCCAGGGCGGCGGGCACCAAUGGCUGGGCGCUGGACCCGCAGCCCUCCCAGCUCCACGCGGCCGAGAUGGGUUGCAGCACGACCACGGACGCACGCAGCGACGACGGCGACGACUACGACAUCUUUGUAGCAGACGCUACGACGACGACGACGACGUCCUCGUCCUCCUCGGAGUUUGGGCAGAGGAAGCGCCCGUCCUCCGCCCACAGAGACGGCGUCCGAUUCAAAGCAGCGAAGACGGAGCUGGGCUUGGAGGCGGCGUUGGCGGCCGCCAGAGACGACUGCGGCGUCCAAACGCAGCCGCACGACAACAUGAAGGAACUGUUUGAGAUGAUGAUGCAGUCGGUCACGUCUCUGGCCGCGUCCAUGGCUUCUUCUACGCACCCUUCGUCCUCGCAGCCGGCGGAGCAGACGCUGCCGCCGCUGCAUCUGAAGACAGAAGAGCCGGACGCAGAGGUGGUGGAGCUGUCAGAGGAAUCGGACGGCGAGGAGGAGUGUGGCGCUGCGACUCCCAGACACAGCCUGUCUCCCAGGCCGGCCCGGGCCAGGAGGAAGAGUGUGGACGCUCUGCUGGAGGAGUUCCUGCGGAGGACGGAAGCCCGCGAGGCUCAGCGAGAGCGCGAGCCGGACCAGAGAGACGACGUCACGCUGUUCCUGCUGAGCCUGGCGCCGGCCAUGAGGAGGCUCCCCCCACAGAAGCAGUCCUGGGUCCGGACCAAGAUGCAGCACUUUCUACACGAAGCCGAAUUUGGCGCUACGAGUUUUCAGUGAUAUCCCCAGAAAAUACAUGUGACAAUUUUUUUUAAAGGUUACUUUUUUGGACAUUUUUAGGCCUUUGCUACCACAAGACAGAUGAAGACAUGAAAGGGGAG